CAAAGUAUGAAUCGAGGAGCCGCUUGUUUAUGCAAAUUCCUCAAAUGAGAGGCGUGCCUCAGAGCGAUGGAGCCGGAAAAGCAAAGCACCUUCAAAGACCGGGAUGCGCUGCUCUCGGACUCAUUCGCAGCAGCACUGGAGGGAAGGUUUGUGAAGCGCAAAGUCACGCGUUUGUCCGCAAUUCCUCCUCAGUGCAACCAUCAAGUCUGCGACUGUGCCUGUGGGAUUUUCAAAUUCACUAGUUGCCUCAAAUCGCUAUAAUCUAUUGGUGUGCGUGUGCGUACGUUUUUUGUUGUUGUUGUUGUUGUUUUUUUUUUUUUUUUAACAUUUUUUGAAAUGCCGAGUUUCGGUGUACAUGACGUUGAAGUUACUCCACCAAACCGAAUCAGUGCGUAAAUACGCAUUCGCUCCAGUUUUGGCUCUUGUUUUUUCAAUUAAAUAAUCAGGGGAUUUUUAUUUUUUAUUUUUUAUUUUUGUAUUUUUCCCCUGCAUCAACAUGUCAGAGAGCGACAGCAGCGCAACCGGCGGCAGCGUCAGCGUGCUGAGCUGGGAGCAAGUGCAGCGUCUGGACGCCAUACUGACGGAGACCAUCCCGAUCCACGGAAGGGGCAACUUCCCCACGCUGGAGAUGCAGCCCCGACAGAUCGUCAAAGUGGUGCGCAGCAGGAUGGAGGAGAAACAAAUCCACGUCCGGGACGUGCGCUUAAACGGCUCCGCAGCCAGCCACAUCCUGCACGGAGACAGCGGGUUGGGGUUCAAGGACCUCGAUCUCAUAUUUUGCGCAGAUAUGAAAGGAGAACGGGAUUUCCAGAUUGUGAAGGACAUUGUUCUGGACUGUCUCCUGGACUUUUUACCCGACUGUGUGAAUAAAGAGAGGAUUACCCCUUUAACGUUAAAGGAAGCCUACGUGCAGAAGAUGGUGAAGGUGUGUAACGACUCGGACCGCUGGAGCCUCAUCUCGCUCUCCAACAAUCGGGGCAAGAACGUGGAGCUGAAGUUUGUGGACUCGCUUCGGCGUCAGUUCGAGUUCAGCGUGGACUCUUUCCAGAUCAAGUUGGACUCCCUGCUGCUCUUCUAUGAGUGCUCCCAGAACGCCAUGACCGCCACCUUCCACCCUACCAUUAUGGGCGAGAGCGUGUACGGCGACUUCAGCGAGGCCCUGGACCAUCUACGUCACAAGAUCAUCUGCACCCGCAACCCGGAGGAGAUCCGAGGCGGCGGCCUGCUGAAGUACUGUCACCUGCUGGUGAGGGGCUUCCAGGCCGCGUCCGAGUCUGAGAUGAAGUCCCUGCAGCGUUACAUGUGCUCCCGCUUCUUCAUUGACUUCCCUGACAUCGGCGAGCAGCAGCGCAAGCUGGAGUCCUAUCUUCAAAACCACUUUGUGGGCCUGGAGGACCGCAAGUACGACUACCUGAUGACGCUCCACGGGGUGGUCAAUGAGAGCACGGUGUGCCUCAUGGGACACGAGAGGCGACAGACCUUAGGGCUCAUAGCCAUGCUGGCAGUGCGGGUUUUGGCCGAGCAGAAUGUCAUUCCCAACGUGACCAACGUCACCUGUUACUACCAGCCUGCUCCUUACGUGGCAGACGGUAACUUCAGUAACUACUACAUAGCACAGGUACAGCCGGUGUUCGCCUGCCAGCAGCCUGCCUACUCCACCUGGCUGCCCUGUAACUGAGCCAGCCCGGAGUGUAGAAGAAGGAGGAGGAGGAGGUUGAUUUGUUUGAACGGGAGCACAGUUGCCACCACAAACUGACAGCAAAGGCAGUCUUUUUUUUUUUUUUUAAAUGUUUUGCAUCAAAGCUUGUGUUUUUGUUCAUACAUUGAGUAUGAAUGAUAGAUAACAAAACGCUGGACUUUCAGUCAAUGUGAAUAUCUCACUUUUCUUGAAAUACCAAGCCCAUCUGACUUAUUAUAUGUUAAAUAUGGGACUUCGGCAAAUGCAAUCGGCAGACCUGUCACUCAAUCAAGAAGGGAGCGGCAGAAUGUGUAUCGGUGCCCACUGAGUUGACGGCCUGCUCACAGGGGUGAGUACACGCCCACCCUCGCCUGCCCUUGUGUGGGGAAAAUCAAACGUCUGCAGAGCACUCUAAUAGAACACACUAUACUCUGGUUUCCGUCAGCUGUUUUGGGGAAGCUGCUGUUUGAAUUCACUUUGGUUAUUAAACCGGCGUCUCUUUUGCAUUUGGGUAUAAAUACGGUUGUUACAGACCAAAGAUUUCACAUUGUUUCUUACAUUGAAACCCUGUUUUUUAAAAAUGGGGAAUUAGGUAAAAUCUCUGUCUGUUUGUAUUUGUGUUUAAGUGCCUAUGGCCCUUAAGUGGGCAGAGAAAAGACAGAGCAGGCCAAUUAUUGUGUGAAUGUGCUUGUUUCGUGCAGCACACAAGACAACAGCACCAGGAAGGCUUGUGAAUGUGUGACACAGAUUGCACAUAGACUGGCAUUUGCCAGUAAAGAGCAUUACCAGUGUUUUGCAUGAAAGUAGCAGCAAAAUGUUGUGCAUAGAUUUUAUAUAUAUAUAUACAGUAAACCAUACCACCAUUUAUUAUGUGUUCUACUUGAAUGCUGGUAUUGUUUGUCAGUAAUGAGAGCACUUGACAAGAGUAGUAAUAUCAUCAGAAAACCUCCUCAACUGCACGUUAUCUUUAUAUUUUGUAGGAAAGGAAUGAUCUUUUCUCACCUGGGAAAACGACACGUGCAGUCACGCAGGUCAGCCGAGGUCAAUAGCCACUUUGAUAGCAUAUGCAAAUAUGCACGUGAAGCCAUCCUAUAUGUUCAGGGUGUGCACUAAAUCCAUUUUUAUUUGACAUUAUCAUUGUAAUCUGUAGAAAGUGGAAAAGCAUCCAUCAUCUGUAUGUAUAAUGGAAUACACUCUGUCUUGGCUCAUGCUUCGUGUACCCUAAAAAAUGACAUAAUAUAGGUAGGUAGUGUUUUGUGUAAUUCUUAGCGAAAACAAAAAGCAACAGCAAUGACAAGAAGCACCUUGACGCCGCUACAAAGCGACGGAAAGAGAGCAAAGGCUGCGUUCAGACAGAGCCGCUGCUUGAAGAAUAUUUGCCGUGACACCUCAGACGAUGAGACACUAUUUGCUGUAGCACCCUGACAGGGAAUUCCUCAGCCGCUGCUCAAGCACUCCAGCCUGGUCUGCCUCUGCAGACGCUCUCUCGAGGCCUCUGAAAAAUAUUUCGCUCAUCCGCUGCAUGUACAUCGAUUAAAGCCAUUGCUUUUGGGUAUAGAAAAUGGAUGUGUAGCAAUAGAUUGUGUGUUGUUUUAGACAGCAGUAAUAAAGGCAGACGGAUCAAACUUGAGUGAAAAGUAAAUGUCGCAAGAGGGAAUCAGUCUGGAGAGAUGGGUGCAGCUGGUGAUGGGGUUUAUUUCUAGGGCUACCAGGCUUCACUGUGCAAACUGGAUCCCAGCUUAAUGACAGUGCUGCUUUUUUUUUUUUUUUUUUUUUUUAAUUUGGGAGACCAAAAGGAUUGUGCUACUUUUAUCAUCCGAUGAAAAACAAACAAACAAGAAAAUUAGGACAGAUUCAACAGAUGUUUCAGUUGAAAGAUGUUACAAUUGUAGUGUAGCUACUUAUUUAAUGUUGUGAACGCUUCAUUCUGCCGCAUUAUAAAACAGCUUUGUACAUAUAUGAAUACAUGCUCCAGCUUUACCGAUUCACUUAUGUUGCAGCCUUCCCUGCUGUUAUGUAUAAAAGGUGAAUCAUGACCUUUGAAGAGCAGAAUCAAGACAAACUGCCAUUAAUCAAGGUAUUUAUCAUCCUGUCUAAGACCAUUUUUUUUCAUUUCUUUCUUCUUGUCAGUGAUUGUCUUUGAUGGUAAAACUAUGGUUGUGCAGGCAUUGUAUAGCCUUUUUUUACUCAGUGACGUGUUGCCAGCUGACUAGCUUGCUAGCGCCAGUCUGCCUGUCGAGUAGUGAUUGUGCCUAUCAAUUAGAGAUUGUGCAUUACUGCAUUGUCCUGUAUACGUUGACUCAAAUAUGUUCAUCAUGAUGCAUCCUUUAAAGAACACACACGGAAAACAAAGAUAAAGAUUCUUGUCUUGCGUGUGUAUUUUUUAUGAGUGUUUUGUUACAUAAAUGUAUCAGAGACUGUGUAUGUUGCAGCACUUUUAAAUCUGUGAUUGGACUUAUAUAUUGGAUAUAUGUUCUCAUUAGCUUUUUGCUAUCUUACAGUAUGUUGUGUGUCCAAUGGGUCCAAAUUUCACAUUGUUUUCAUCAAUAAAAUAUAUGAAAAUUA